AUGUGUCCUGAUAUUAACUCCCUUCCUCCGUCCCGCUCGUCCUCCUCGUCCUCGUCCCUCCCGAACCGCAACGCUUCUUCCGUCUCCCCCGGUACGCCCCCAGGCACAGGCCCCGCACCAGCGAACCAUACCGCGUCCACAUCCACAUCCACGCGGCCAUCUCGCGGGUCCAGUAUUGGCCGACUGUCAGUUUCCGAGCGGCGCAGAUCAGCUGCCGGCAUGAAUAUCAGCCCAAGUGAGUCGCUCGGCACGGCAUCGGGACAUCAUGGCGAGACCCUUUGGUCAGACCACCGCUCUUCCAUAGGGCAAGCAUUCCGUACGACGAGUCCUUCGAGCCACAGCGGUGGCAGUCCGGUCUUUGUGACGGCGGACCCACACCAUCAACGGGCGCCAUCUCUAGGAGAGCUACACCAGGAGCUGGAGCAGGAACAGGAGGCCCAAGUGAACCGCCUCCUUCAGAUGAUUCGCAGCCAGCAGGCCCAACUGCAACAAUACCAGCAGCAGAGCCAACACCAGAAUCCACAGUCAACUACUGCCAUCGAUGACACGACCCCGUCGUCCGAACGCUCGGCCGCAUUUUUCCCUCCCAUGCCCCCGCCUGCGGGGUCUGGCAACAACCGUCUAUCCAUCUCCUCGCUGUCAAACCGUCGGCUGUCACGCCCGUCAAGCCAGACGACUUCCCCGAACAUUCGACCCCAAGAUGCGGGACGAGGAUCAGAGCCCGUGGACGCAUUCACGGGAUUCCGCGAAAGCUCAUCCCGGCGUGGCAGUCGUGAUGAAGGCGCAUACUAUCAGGCCGAGGCCACCAUGCUGAGCCGCGAAAACCAAAUGCUGCGUCAACGAAUUCGAGAAUUAGAACGUCAGAUUGGGGAAAUGACUACUUCCACGAGGCCUGCUGCCUCCACCACCAGCGGAUCAGGUGCAGCGCCGGGGCAAGAGGGGGCCGAAGCGGUGGACCCGCUUACCCUGCGAUCCGCCGACGGGAAAGACUGA